GUUUAACGUUGGCAGGGGCUCGGUUCGGGCCGCAGGCUUGUUUUAAUUGGGGGAGGGGGCAGACCGGAGAGGACGCUCAGCCUUCUCCUUCAGUCUGUCUUCCCGUCACUGAUUCAGCGGAGGUGGAGAUUUUCUAUCCCACCCAGUCAGCGGCAGGCAGGAGGAUCUGCCGAGACUAUCCCAGGAAAAGCUCUCGGAGGAAAUCGCAGCAGCCGCAGCAUGCGCGCGGAGCCGGCGCCGGCCGCACGGCAGGGCUGAGCGCGCUGCGCCCGCCGCAGGAGCCUCGCGCGGAGCCGGCCGCGGGGCGCAGCCCGCAGCACGCCAGGUGAAAAAGCGAUAAGUAUUUCACUGAGGUACUGAAGAAAAACCUGUCUCGCUGACUUUGCUCAUUUGGGACUUCGUGAUGGAAGCCUUGUGUUUAAGAGUUUCUUUGCUGCUGCUCCUUUUGGGAUUUGUCCUCAGUGACAGCUCUGACAAAUACACUACCAACCGGAGUGAUGAGGAAAACCAAGUUCCCACUUUCUCAGGGACUGAAGCCAGCUUACUCUCCACCUCUAGACAGCCCCUGGUAUCCAACCAAACCGUCAAAUGCUCCCAGCAGACUAAGAUUGCUGAAACUUUUAAAUACAUUAACACAGUGGUAUCUUGUGCUAUUUUCAUCGUUGGAAUGGUUGGGAAUGCAACUCUGCUGAGGAUCAUUUACCAGAACAAGUGUAUGAGGAAUGGCCCGAAUGCACUGAUAGCCAGUCUGGCACUAGGAGACCUUAUCUAUAUUGUCAUUGAUAUUCCUAUCAUGGUGUAUAAGCUCCUGGCUCAGAAGUGGCCUUUUGGAGAUUCUGAAUUUGGGCAGUUUCUUUGUAAAUUCCUUCCCUUUAUACAGAAGGCAUCAGUGGGAAUCACAGUCCUUAACCUCUGUGCACUUAGUGUGGACAGGUAUAGAGCAGUUGCAUCCUGGAGCCGUGUUCAGGGAAUUGGAAUCCCAAUGAUCACUGCUAUUGAGAUUUUCUCCAUUUGGCUUCUGUCUUUUAUACUGGCUAUUCCAGAAGCCAUUGGCUUUACUGUGGUACAUUUCAGAUACAAAGAUGAAAGUUAUGUUACCUGCAUGCUCAACCCUACAAAUAAAUUUAUGUUGUUUUACAAAGAUGCAAAGGUUUGGUGGCUGUUUGGUUUCUAUUUCUGCAUGCCACUGGCAUGUACCGCCAUCUUCUAUACACUAAUGACUUGUGAAAUGUUAAACAGAAGAAACAGCAACUUGAGAAUCGCUCUCAGUGAACACCUUAAGCAGCGUCGAGAAGUUGCAAAGACAGUUUUCUGUUUAGUAGUGAUAUUUGCUCUUUGCUGGUUCCCUCUUCAUUUGAGCCGAAUUUUGAAGAAAAUGGUAUACAAUGAAAGAGAUCCCAGCAGAUGUGAACUGCUCAGUUUCUUGCUGCCAUUGGAUUAUAUCAGCAUCAACCUGGCAACUAUGAACUCCUGUAUAAACCCUAUAGCACUCUAUUUUGUGAGUAAGAAGUUUAAAAACUGUUUUCAGUCAUGUCUUUGUUGCUGCUGCUCCCAAUCAAAAAGUUUAGUGACUUCAGUGCCCAUGAAUGGAACAAGCAUUCAGUGGAAAAAUCAAGAAUUAAACAAUCACAACACAGAUCGAAGCAGCCAUAAAGAUAGCAUAAACUGAAAACUAAGGACUCUGACGUUACUUCAGAAUCAAUCAGGAAAAUAAAUAUCACAACAAAGUUGCUUCUACAAGAAGCCUAAUGAGCGUUCCAUCAUCAACUCAGAAGUGCACGUCCUUGUCGCUAUCUCUAGAGUUGACUGACUAUAGCUGUGAUGCUCUGUGAACUGAGAUUUACUGGAUGGUAAUUCUGUCUCUGAGAAUUAUGUUGAGUAUAACACCAAAAAAAUGACACGAACCAUACAGGUGGUUUACUCUUCUGACCCAAGCAGAAACUAUCCAGUGUCUGACUGGUACACCACAAUCUCCUAACCUGAUUGUCACCAAGAAUUAAUCACUAUGGAAUUCUUCUGAAGAUAUCCAAGUGGAAUUUUCUCUCUGCCCAUUUGUCUUUCUACUUCUAUCUGUGUGGUGGAUAUAUUCCUUGCACCACUACAUUUUGCAUGUUGUUAUUGGUGUUUUUAUUCAGGUUUAUUUUGGAAAAUGUUUUGUUCCACAUCAGUAUGUUAUUUACUUAUGCUACAGUAAGUCAUGACAUCAGCUGGGCAGUUCGCAUUUAUAGCACUUCAGUACUCAAAAACAGGAAGAAACCAUACAAAAUAGCAUCAACAUUUGGCACUUAAGCACAGACUAAUACCAAAAAGAGGUACUAAUAACACAGUACUGUACUGUGUUAUUUAAUCUAAAGCUUUGUACAAAAUAUAAUAAACAAUCUGUAUCAACAAAAUGAAUAAAAGAUGCCCACAGAGAACGUGUUUCCAAUUAACCUGUCAUGUUAAUUCUUAAACUAUAUUAACCUAUUAAUCUACGUAGACUAUAGCUGCUUUAAAUCUAUGUCAAAAUAAGAGUCACUGAACAUAGUGAAACAUUAAUAAAACUGUUCAAAGAGUUCUGAGAAUAUGAUUAUUCCAUAGUAACUAUGCAUAACACUACUUACACAUUGUGAACAAGAAGCUACUAUGGUCAUAGCAAACGGAGAACUGUGGAAGUCCAUAAGAGUUGGACAUGCACAUGGACAUUUUGUGCCUUAUUCUUAGAGUUUCUUUGUCUGACUCUCACAAUGUUCAAAGACUUUAAUGGGGUUUGACUGUUUAUUAGAAUUGCUAACCAUACAAAUGCUGUUAAUAAUAUAGAAAACAUUGCUUGCAUACACGUAAACUGGUAUUUUACUUAUUUCCAUUCAUUGUGGUUACACGGGAAGAGAUUCAUUGUUUGGCUAUAAAAAAUUUAACUGGUAGCAUUUUAUUAGGUAGUGGAAUUCCACAGUAUGGUGUCAGAUAAGUGCACAAAUCUGCUAGGAACUUUGUAACGCUUUUUGUUCCAGGUUAAGAAACAGCAACUGAAUUUCCACAAUUUAAAAAAAAUGUUACAUUUUAAGUGAAUGACAUAAACCUGCAUAUUUUUAUUUACAAUGUCAAAAUGCUAGUGCCUACAGUGAAUUCUGCUGCACAAAUUUCCCAAAUGUUUACAUUCACACAGAUCUUCUUAAGUAUAUUAAAAAAGUUUUUAACUUAGUUUAUA